UACAAAUAAUGAUAUCGUAGCUUCAUUUCUCUCAUCGUCUUCUAAAUUAGAAAAUAUCAAGAAUCAAAAUGGCGGACAAAGUGAAUGAAGUUGUCAGUUGCCACAACGUUGACCAUUGGAAGGAGCAGUUUGAGACUGGCAAAACUUCUGGCAAAUUGGUUGUGAUUGAUUUCACUGCUUCAUGGUGUGCACCGUGCCGUUUUAUUUCACCAAUUCUGACUGAUCUUGCUAAGAAGACCCCAAAUGUGUUGUUUCUCAAGGUUGAUGUUGAUGAGUUGAAGACUGUUGCUGAGGACUUUAAAGUUGAUGCCAUGCCAACCUUUGUUUUCCUGAAAGACGGAAUGGAAAUUGACAGGGUUGUGGGUGCAAAGAAAGAAGCCCUUGUGGAACUCGUAGCGAAGCAUGCAGCUUCAACUUCAACUUCAACUGAAACUGUAGCUGUAACUCCAUCAGCCAUCUAAUGAAGUUAACAAUGAGAUCAUUGCUCGGUUGUGAUAAUUAUGUUGUUAAGUACUGCUCUUAAUGUUUUACCUUAUCCUGGAUUAUGAAUUCUUGUAUGAUUCAGCUUUGGAUUUAUGGUUGUUACAAAUGACGGAAUGGCGGAUAAUAUUAUUUUACUUUGUGUAA